CCGCCCUCACGUGACCAGGGAGAACCCCGCGCUGCUUCCGCACACCAAUCACAGCGCGCGAUCGCUCCUAGAUUUGCAUAACCACGCCCUCUGCUCCGACACCGCCCACCACCGGCUGUAGCCGGGUCUAGGCGCAGUUUGCUCCCAGUUCCCUCCCAGUGCUCCCAGUAAGAGCGGUACUGGCAGGGAGAGCGCUCCCAGUUGCUUCUAGGUGCUGUCAGGAUCGUUACCAGUGCUCCCAGUAUCACUUCCCAGUGCCGCGCGGGGCGCAACCGCUUUGCAAUCCCCCAGGGCGGAGCGCGGCUGCUUUUGCGCGUCGGCACCGGGCCGGGCCGGGCUGGGGGAGGAGGAGCGGAAGGAAGAAGAGUAGUGGAAGGAAGAGCAGCAGCAGAACCGAGCGGCUCACUCGCUCGCCCGCUCUAGGCCGCAGCUUCCCCGACUUCCCCGGCAUCACCCCUCCCCCCGGAAGCCGCAGGUGAGCUGGGAGGGGGAGCUCGCCCCAAAUCCAUCGUGGGGAGGUCUCCUGGAGGUUUCUUUGUGGGGCAGGAGAUGUUUGGAUCUUGCAGGACCCCGAAGCUCAGCCGGAAAUGCCCCGGGAGGGAUCUUGGCGGGUCCCACAUUGCUAUCGCUCGUUCUGGCGGAGAGGGGGCGAGAUCGGUUCUGGGGAUAUCCGGGAGAGCCGUGGGGGAAUACGGGAACCCCGGAGCGGGGAGAGCGCAGAGGGGCGAUCCCGGAGCCGGGGGACCCCCGGCAGCCUGGAGGGGUGUGGGAGGUUGGUGAUAAGCAGCCCCAGGCUCUCUGAGGCUGAAAGGGGCACUGGCUUGUCCAGCUGAACUUGGCCCGCAGGAACAUAAACCCAACGCGCUCAACCCUUCUUUUCCCCCAAAAAUGGAUUUCCCAUUCCUAAACCUUGGCCCGAUGGAGGAUGAGGCCGUGAGGAAGAAGAACAUGCCCCCGGAGCCCCAGGCAGACAAGGAGCUGAGGAUGGAGACCAGGGAGGACAAAUCCCUGCAGCAGAACCUUGUGGAAGAGGCUGUUUGGAGCAGCUCCAUUGCACAGGAAACCAGCGAGGAGGAAAAGCCCGGGAGAUCCCACAUGAGGAUGGGCUGCAAACACAGUUCUUGGGUAUCCGAGGAGAACCAGGGCCAAAGAACCGGACAGAGCUGCAGCCAGAGCUCAGAGCUGGGGUUCCAUGAGCAUCUUCAUGAUGCGGAUAAGCCCCACAAGUGUUCAAAUUGUGGGAAGAGCUUCAGCAAGAGAUCCUCCCUGAUCUGGCACUGGAGAAUCCACAUGGGGGAACGGCCCUAUGAGUGUGGGGAGUGUGGAAAGAGCUUCAGUAUGAGAUUCAAACUGAUCCGCCACCAGAUGAUCCACACUGGGGAGAGGCCCUAUGAAUGUGACAUACGCAGGAAGAGGUUUCAGACCAGCUCCAAUCUCGUCAUGCAUCAGCGGAUUCACACAGAAGAGAGGCCCUUCCGCUGCCCUGACUGUGGGAAGGGCUUCAAAUACAACUCCCGCCUUGUCUCCCACAGGCGCAUCCACACUGGGGAGAUGCCCUAUGAGUGUGGGCAGUGUGGGAAGUGCUUCAGGACAAGCUCUGAACUGAUUGUCCACCAAAGGAUCCACACAGGGGAACAGCCCUAUGAGUGUGAUAAAUGCAGCAAGAGGUUUCUGACCAGCUCCAGUCUCCUCCUGCACCAGCGCAUUCACAUAGAGGAGAGGCCCUUCUGCUGCCCCGACUACAGGAAGGGCUUCAGGCACAACUCCAACCUCGUCACCCACCGGCGCAUCCACACUGGGGAGAGGCCCUAUGAGUGUUCUGAGUGUGGGAAGAGCUUUUCACAGAGCUCUCACCUGACCAAACACCAAUGGAGGCACCACUGCAUGUCCGCAGCUGUCCCAUGCCACAUGGACUGGGUGCUCGCCAUCCUCGGCGCCCUUGAGUCUCCAGCCCGGGGCAACUCCCCCGGCACUGCCCCCAACAGCGGCACCCCCAAAACUCUGCCGUCUCGGAGCCGCCGAGCGGGUGCCUGGCCCUCGGCCCUGAGCACAGAGCUCUGCCCGGGGGCUCCCGGGGAAAGGCGGCGGCGCUCGGCAGAGGCCCCAGCCCGCCCAGCCCGCGAUCCCGGCAGCUGCCCCGCGCUCGCCAGGCGCUACGGCUUCCGCAACCGGGCACAAUAUUCACUUCAUGCAAUCUUUGCUAUCUCUGCUUACAGGCCCCAUGAGUGCCCCAAGUGUGGGAAGAGCUUCUCACAGAGCUCUCAUUUCACCAGAUACAAGAUGCACCACUGAGGGAAGCCCUGCAAGUGCCCGGAGUGCAAGAAGAGCUUUGUGCCAAGCUUGGAGCUGGUGGUCCAUGAGCAGCUUCAUGAUGGGAAGAAGCCCCACAAGUGCUCAAAAGUUGGGAAGAGCUUCAGUCAGAAAUCCAACCUCAUCUGCCACUGGAGAAUCCACACGGGGGAGCGGCCCUAUGAACGUGGGGAAUGCGGAAAGAGCUUCAGGAUAAGUUCAGAAUUGACUGUCCACCAAAGGAGCCACACAGGGGAGAGGCCCUUUGAGUGUGAUAAGUGCUGGAAGAGAUUUCAGAGCAGUUCUGAUCUGCUCAAGCACUAUCGCAUUCACAUGGAUGAGAGGCCCUUCUGCUGCCCUGACUGUGGGAGGGGCGUCAAGCAAAACUGCACCCUCGUCAGGCACCGGCGCAUCCACACUGGGGAGACGCCCUACGGGUGUGGGGAGUGUGGGAGGAGAUUCUCACAGCACUCUAACUUGAUCAUACACCAACAGAGUUUCCACUAA